AUGGCAAGUGGUAACAGUUCUCGUGGAAUUUUGCUGAGCGGCAAUAGUACCGAGUAUAAGUUCAUAGUCUUCCAAUCUCAUUGCCCGAAAGGUUGUGCGUGCAUCAGGUGGUCGAUGCCCCACGUGCUUGACGUCAUCCUUGGUCGCGGUCGGGAUGGGAAGUGGUUGGGACGACACUCAAAACAGAUGCUUGCAGUGCUUUCUUUGUUCGAGGACGCGCCGGGGGAUCACUGGAGGCCUUCGGCCUACUCGCUCAAAAAGCAAAAGGAUGUGCUUGGAGAGGAACCGCCUUCGUUGCCUGUGGAAUGUCUCUUCGACGCUGAGUACAGCAUAUCAUCCAAGGGUCUAUUAUACUUGCUUUGUAGAUGGAGUCAACUGCGGCUUCAGGUCGGGCACGAAGUGGAGAGUAAGCCGGAGGCUUGCACGAACCUUUUGCGUGCGUUGCUUCACAAGUUCUUGCCAGCAGGUGCGGAGUGCAGCUUCCAGGUGAAAGUCGAAGAUGGGUCUUCUUUCCAAGUUCAGAUGCGCGAUGGGUGUUUCAUCUUCGUCGGUGGUGAUCGGCGCGUUGGCACUCUUCGCAGAGUUUUAUCGAGUUGCGGCAGCAUGGAGAUGGUGAGCGCUUUAGUUGAGAUGGGAAGAAUUGUCGGGUUCACAAAAAAAUACAAAGCUAUAUUGCCCGUGGCCUUGGCGACGUUGCGCACGUUCGCCGCGGCGUUCUUCGAUACAGUGGAGCUCAGCAGGGACGACGUCUUCUGGAAGGACUGCGAUGGCAUGGAACUUGAGCCCCUGCAACGAACAGACUCUCGUCGAUGCAGGCGGAUACCAAUGCUUUUUCGGAAGGCGGUCUUCGCUGCAGUGCAGGGCGACAAGCAGGUAAAGUCAGUUGGGGAGCUCUUGGCUGCGAAACGACUUCUUGCAGGUGUCAAGGCGAAGUCCAGGGGCCUGAAGGUGGUUAAGAAGAGCGUGGAUUCCAAGUGGGCCGACGUCCAAACGUGCAAGACUUUGCGUCUGCAAUACAUGUCGGGCACCCUGGAAACCAUGCGCGGCUCCAAGUGGGCACAUCCAGUCGUGGGCGCCUCGAGGAUUGGAGGCGUCGACUGGCUGAUGGUUCUCUUCUGGGGGAGUCGAGCUGGCAAGGCGGCUUGGUUCCCGCCGCAGGCGGGGAAUUGUGCGCAACCGACAGGUGUGUCGAGAUUCCAAGCUACGCGAUGA